UUUGGGAAUACGGGGAAUCAGCAGCAGCAACAGCAGCCUGCGACCGGUGGUCUUUUUGGUGGUACCACCAACACGCAACAACCAGCUACUGGUGGUGGUCUGUUCGGUAAUACCACCAAUACGCAACAGCCAGCCGCAGGUGGAGGUCUUUUUGGGGGCGCUACGACCAUGCAACAGCCAGCUGCAGGUGGUGGUCUUUUUGGGAGUACUACAGCGCAACAACCAGCUGCAGGUGGAGGACUUUUUGGAGGCUCUACAACGUCGCAACAAUCAGCUGCAGGUGGAGGUCUUUUUGGGAAUACUACGGCCACGCAACAGCCCGCUGCAGGUGGUGGUCUCUUUGGGAGUACUACAGCGCAACAACCAGCUGCAGGUGGAGGACUUUUUGGAGGCUCUACAACGGCACAACAGCCAGCUGCAGGUGGCGGUCUUUUUGGGAGUACGACGCAACAACCCGCUGCAGGUGGUGGUCUCUUUGGGAGUACUACAGCGCAACAACCAGCUGCAGGUGGAGGACUUUUUGGAGGCUCUACAACGGCACAACAGCCAGCUGCAGGUGGCGGUCUUUUUGGGAGUACGACGCAACAACCAGCUGCAGGUGGAGGUCUCUUUGGGAGCACGCAACAGCCAGCUGCGGGUGGCGGCGGUCUUUUUGGAGGCUCUACAACCACGCAACAGCCAGCUACAGGUGGGGGCAUGUUCGGCAGUACGUCCACAACCCAGCAACCAGCUGCGGGUGGGGGUGGUCUUUUCGGCAGGACGACGAGCUCACAGCCAGCUCCGGCUGGCGGUCUUUUUGGGAGCACAACGACCACCACUCAACCCAGCGGCGGGGGUCUAUUUGGGAACACCCAACCUACCAAUACGAAUACAGGCGGGGGGUUGUUCGGCGGUGGUACGACGACGGCUGGCCAGGCGCAGCAAAAUGAUCCUGCGAGUCAGCAUGCGAAUAUCACUGCUAGGUUUGAAGGGAUAUAUAAUGCGUGGAACUCUGCUUCUCCUCAGUGUCGGUUUCAGCACAACUUUUACAAUCUCGUGGAUCCGAACCAAGUCAACUUGUAUGGCCGCCCGCCAAAUGCUACUAAUGACGCCCUUUGGGAAAAGGCAUUGCGAGAAAACCCUGAUCCUUCCUGCAUGGUACCCGUAAUAGCCAUCGGGUUCGACGACCUACGCGAUCGCGUCGAAGCCCAAAACCAACAAUCAACAACCCACACCAAAAAACUAACAGACCUCAAAUCGCGCCUCGAAGCCCUCUCCUCCGCACACGCCAUCCAAAACUCCACCCGCCUCCUCCGCGCAUCCGCAAAACAAACACAGAUCGUGCAUCGAUUGUUGGGCUUCGUGCAGCAUUUGCAUUUGUUGAUUCCGUCGGUUAGGUCGUCGGCGAUCAGGCCGGAGGAGGAGGAGAUGAGGGGUAAGUUGGAGGAGAUUGAGGAUGAGAUUAGGAAGGGACGGGUUAAAGGACGGUUGAAUGAGCUUUGGGCGUUGCUUGGGGCUGUUAAUGCGAGUAUUGAGAGGGGACGAGGGGGAACGGCGGAGUGGGCCGUUGUUGAUGAUGAGGGGUUGGGGCAGAUUGCGCAGGUG